AUCAGUGUAGCCCCAGCAGUGCCACCUGUCAGUGUCCAUCAAUGCCAGCUGUCAGUGCUUAUAAAUGCCACCUGCCAGUGCCCAUCAGUGCCACAUCACAGUGCACAUCAAUGCCACAUAUCAGUGCCCAGAGCUGCCUUUCAGUGCCACCUAUCAUUGCCAGUCAGUGCCACCUAUCAAUGCCAGUCAGUGCCACCUAUCAGUGCUGCUAAUCAGUGCCGCCUAUCAGUGCGCAUCAAUGCUGCCUAUCAGUGCCCGUCAGUGCUGCCUAUUAGUGCCGCCUAUCAGU